AUGAAAAGCGACAACUACGUCCCGCUCGGCAACACCACAGUACCGCUCACACCGCUCCUGCUCAUCUUUGCAGGCUUGGGCGCGGCUGCUGUCGGACUCGUUAUCGCGCUGCUGCGCAUCUUUGUUCCCUCGUGCAUGUCGAGAUCGUCCCGCAUCGUGCUCGAAGAGCGCGAACGAGCGCGGCAAGAUCUGCGAGUGCGAGGCGCCAUCAGCCCACGGGGCAGUCCUGGCGGAAGCCCCUCACCAGGAUCCAGUUCGCCGACCCUCGCACAUUCAAAACGCUUCCCACCCAACAAACCUCUUCGUCCCGUCGGACGCAACUCGCGCGGCAGCUCGACCCUCGGUGGCUCGACGCCUGGCGAAUCCUCCACCUCGUCGCUCGCCAGCAAGCGACCGCAACACGGUUACCGCGGCACAUCGUUCUCGCUCACCGAAGCGCAAAAGUACACCGCCAAGUCGUAUCGCUCGAGCGCCAGUGGGCUGCGAUCGCCGUUGCUUCGCUCGAAUGACUCGAGCAGCGGGUCUUCGACUCUGCACGGCAACGGUGCGCGCGAUUCGGCCAUGUCGGAGCGGGCAAAGACGCCGCUUUUCAGCAACAACGAGCCGCCGCUGCUGCGCAAUGCGCCCGUCCAUCGGCUGAGUUUCGGACCUAGGCCGCUCUCGCGCACCAGCUCGACGGGUAAAGGUGCCGAUCUGCAGCGGACUCGCAGUGGUCGACAAGCUCCCGAAAUUGCGCUGCACCCUUCCGCAGUCGACCCGGCCUAUCCGCAGCACAAGUGGGGGCGUCAGGAAUCGAGCAGUCGCCAUCCGCUGCAGUCGGCCGCGACCCGUCGCGAUUCGACGCUGUCGGGCUACGAGGUGAGCAGCAGCAGCGCAGAGCACAGUUAUCUCGAGAGCAACGCCACGAGUCGCAUCGGCUCGUUCAGUAUGCCUGGCAACCCGCUGCAGCCGUUGAGCGCGGCGGGUCUGGGUGGUGGGCAGCCGUGGGCCAGCCCGCGGACGGGCUCGAGCGAGUUCGUCCCCGAUACAGCCAGAUUGGGCGUUGCAGCACCGAGCAGGAACUCGUCGGCUAGCGGGCUGUUGGACUCGGAUGGCAGCGAUCAUGGCGCGGCGCCUGUGCUCGUGCCUAGUCGCGCAACGUCCAAGCUCAGCUUCAGGGGCGGAGAGGCGUUCUAG